GCGUUUGCUGUAGAGUAGAACGGCAACAGCAUGGGCACAGGAAUGGAAGGGCUAACGUCCCUCCGGAAGGUACAGCUACUUUUACUGUGGGCUUUCCUGGCUGUCACGGUUAGGCAAGUGGUCGGGGUACAGCGGGAACACAACAUCGCAGCAGUCAUCAGGGAAUGGAAUUACAGACCGAGGCAAACGCUCAGCCUAUCAGACUUCAUAUCUCCAAAGGGACCUCGACCUUGGCAUGACCUUAGGAAUAAUCCUCCCACCUUGGUCCAUCAUGAGUCUUAUCCCAAAAGCAGUAAACAGAAAUCACUGCCAUUGUCAAGGGGAACCAAUGAAGAUACUACAUAUAGGAAGGUGUUGUACAGAGAAUAUAAUGCAGACUUUACAGAGAUGAAAGAAACACCAGAAUGGACUGGGCUUCUUGGUCCAACUUUGCGAGGUGAAGUGGGAGAUGUGCUGAUAGUUCACUUCAAGAACAUGGCAGACAGGAACUAUACGAUACAUCCUCAAGGCAUCAUAUAUGGGAAACAAGCUGAAGCACCUCAGAACCAAGGCCUGUGCAGUUCCCAGUACUAUGUCUCAGAUUGUAGAAUAAAGAGUGUGGUGAUCAAAAAAAAAAAGGAAAGAAAGAGCUCUCCUUAUCAAGAUACCACAUCUAUCGCAGAAAAGAAAGAUGAUGGUAUUCCACCUGGUGGAAUGUAUACGUACGUCUGGGAGAUCACUGAAGAUAUUGGACCAACAGUUGCUGACCCACCAUGCCUUACCUAUAGCUAUUAUUCCCAUGUGAACUUAGUGAAUGACUUGAACUCAGGAUUAAUUGGUGCUCUGCUUGUAUGCAGAAAUGGAAGUCUGGAUGAAGAUGGAAAUCAGAAGCUAUAUGAUCAAGAAUAUAUCUUGAUGUUUGGUAUAUUUGAUGAGAACAAAAGCUGGCAAAACUCAAAAUCUGUUCAGCAGAAAUCUUCCAUGUAUUCCAUUAAUGGGUACAUAAAUGGCACCCUUCCAGAAUUGGUGACUUGCCUGUACAGUAAUAUCAGCUGGCAUUUCCUAGGAGUUGGAUCUGACCCUGAAUUGUUCUCUAUUCAUUUUAAUGGUCAAGUACUUGAACAAAAUGGCCACAGGAUCUCCACAGUUAGCCUUAUUACAUCAUCAUCUGCCACUGCUAACAUGGCUGUGAAACAUAAAGGGAAGUGGUUGUUGUCUUCCUUUGUCCCAAGCCAUAUUGAAGCUGGAAUGCAUGGCUACCUUACAGUAAAGCAGUGUGAAAAUGUUUCACCCCAAAUAAAAGCUGCUUCAUCACUAAGAAUUAUAACAAGCACAUGGAAGUAUUACAUUGCUGCUCAAGAAGUUUCUUGGGAUUAUGCUCCUAGCAUUCCAAAAUUAAUUGACAAGGACUAUAAGGCACUAUACUUGGAUCGAGGACCACACCGUAUUGGGAAGACUUACAAAAAAGCAGUCUAUAGAGAAUACAUUGAUGGAACCUUCACUAAACAAGUGGAAAAUACAAGACCUAAUGAAACUGGAAUUUUGGGCCCAAUUAUCCGAGCACAGAUAAGAGAUAAAAUUAUUGUAGUUUUCAAAAACAUGGCUAGUCGACCAUACAGUUUGUAUCCUCAUGGACUGUCUAUCAGUAAAGAGUAUGAAGGUGCAAACUAUCCUCCUGAUGUAACAGGUCUUAAAAUGCAAAUGCGUGAAGUACAACCAGGGGAAGUUUAUACCUAUGAGUGGAUAGUAUACCCAGAAGAUGGACCUACAGCCAAGGACCAGAGAUGCCUCACAAGACUAUAUCAUAGUGCAGUGGAUGUAACAAGAGACAUUGCGUCUGGGCUUAUUGGACCACUUUUGAUAUGUAAGACUAAAUCACUGGAUACAAGAGGUUUGCAGAGGAAGGCUGAUGUAGAACAACAAGCAGUGUUUGCUGUGUUUGAUGAAAAUAGAAGCUGGUACCUACAGGAGAGUAUUAACAAAUCCUGCACGGAUCCUUCACAUGUUGAUAAAAAUAAUCCUUGGUUCUACAAAUCAAAUGUUAUGCACACAAUAAAUGGCUUUGUAUAUGAAAGCAUACCAUUUCUGGGAUUUUGUCGUGAUAAUGUAGUUUUCUGGCACAUUUCAAGUAUUGGUGCCAUGGAUGAUACGCUGGCAGUGCACUUUAAUGGGCACACAUUUGAACACAAGAAAAAAAAUGAAGAUGUGUUAACUCUUUUUCCUAUGAGUGGCGAAACCGUUAGUAUGGAAAUGGACAAUGUUGGUGAAUGGCUUUUUGGGGCUCUUGGAUUACACCAGACUAACCUAGGUAUGAGGCAAAAAUUUAGAGAUGUCGUAUGUCGUGGAGGUACCUCAGAUGAGGACUCUGAUGAGAUAGACCAGCAAAUGACCGUAAUACGGAUUAAAUAUGAUGAAGAGAAGGAAAAGAAAGAAGUCAGUCAGAAAGCAACAGAGGAUCCAGAUGAAGACACUGAAAAGUGGGCAGACUUUCUUAAUUUACGAACACAAAAAAAUUCAAGUGGACUCAUAGCAGAUGAAGAUUUGCUGGAUCUUAACAAUCUUAAUUCUUUAAAUGAGUUAGUAGCAGAAAAUGUAAACACAGCCCUAAACUCAGAAUACAGUGGUAUGUCAGAACUCAUGGACUAUGAUUAUUCUGACUCAGAAAAUAGCACAGCAGACACAGAAGAACCUUUAUCAAGUUUUAACGAGAGUGAUAUAGAGCUUAGUUUAAACAAGAUAUGUUCUUUGGUGUUUGGCCUUGAUGAAGAAAACAGUACAACGUCAGAAAUAAACAACACUAAUACUGUUAUCACAGCCAAAAGAGAGAAUGAAACAGACCAUUAUGAAACCAGUGACCAGAUAUUGGAAUUUCAGCAGAAAUUUGAAGAUUUGAUCAAUAUUUCCAUUGCCAGUAGAGAUGCCGAAGUAAAACAGGAGAAGGGAAAGAACAUGUCUGUUUCUGCUGGGCUGCAUCCUGUAAACUCAAGCUUUGUUUCCCCCGAGCAGCAGCCUAACAACUUAAGCACAGAAUGCAAAGAUCCAGUAUGUGAAGUGAGCCUUUCUGAAGAUGAUGAAUACAGUGAUCUGCCAAUGAAUGAAUAUCACACAGAUGCUGAAAAUUCAACAGAUGUUGAGCCACAUGAAAGAGAGGAGGAACCUGAGGAGAAUAAUGAUGCUGAUACUGAUCUUGUAAAUAACGGCUCCAAAACAUGGACUGUUGCUAUUGGUCCUACAAUAUUUGAGCAGCACAAACCAAAUCAUCCCACAGCAGAGGCCUCACGGACUUUAAUUAAUCUCAAUGAAUCAUCUGUGCUUAGCACUUACAUAUCCAAAGCUGAAGACUCAGUUGACUCUGGCAAUUACCCAGACCUUAUAGAACACCUUGAUUAUAACACAAGUAUCCAGGAGAAGCAUUCAGAAUUUCACAGUAUCAUUCAGGAGGUAUUGCCAGAGCAAACUCUGCAACCUGAAAGCCACCAAGGUAGAGAAAAUAUAACUGAACUAAAUGAAUCAUUUGUGCUUAGCAUUCAUGAUCUAAAUGCUACUGAGGAAAAUGUAGUUGUGGAGAGCAGUGGAAAUCUACAGCCUUCAGGCACUUCUGCUACACAGCUGGAAGACCAUAUAGAAUUGCAAGAAAUGCCUGAUCCAGAUUACAGUCAGAUCAAUACAGACCAAAUUCUAAAAAAUAUGAGUGAUGCAUGGCUUUCUCUUGAUUAUAUUAAUAACGAUGACAAUGCAACCGUGGAUAUAAAAGAUAGCUAUCCUCUUGCAGUAGAAGAGUAUCAAGGUUCUGAAUCACAAUACAUAAAUGUCAGCAUGCAGGUACAGGUGAGACCUAAUGAAACAUCAUCAGGUGAGACCAAUUCAGACUCUACUGAAAUUAUCGUGGAUUUGAUUGCAAACUCAACUUUUCCAGAUAAUGUAGCUGUUAAUCAGACAGACAGAUUAGCAGAUAAUAUUUUGGCUAUUUACAUAUCCAAAGUUGAAGACUCUGUUGACUCUGGCAAUUACCCAAACCUUAGAGAACACCUUGAUUAUAACACAAGUAGCCAGGAGAAGCAUUCAGAAUUUCAUAGUGUCAUUCAGGAGGUAAUACCAGAGCAAACUCUGCCACUUGAAAGCUACCAAGGUAGACAAAAUAUAACUGAACUGUAUGAAGCAGGGAACUCUUUCAGUUCUGCUUAUGACAGAGUCAUUUCUGGUUUAGCAGAAAAUAACUUUUCACAAGGAUGUUUUAAUUCACAAUGCACUGUGCAUGCCUCUGUAUCUGAAGCAGACAAUAACCAAUUAAAAGUAAUAAAUAAAUCACUGUCCAGUGUUGUUCCAGGGCAUACCAGUCAAGAAGACAGUUUGUCAUUGCAAGAUGAUUUGCUUCUCGUUCCUGCUAAUUCCACAUAUGUUCUGCAGCCUGAAGUGCAAAAAAUAAACAACAUGAGUGCCACUAAUGCGGAUGGCUUGAAAAACAUGUCUGCUGAUUUUUUUCAAAAACUUGAUUCAAAAGACAGUUUGCUGUUAAAUCAGAGCAAUAAUUCCAAAUCAUAUUAUCAGAAUGGGCAGUUUCUCCCAGAGUAUGAUAGUUAUGAUGAUGCAGAAGACAUACACAUUUAUGUGCAGAAAGGUUCAAAGGAAAAGGAAAGACUAAUGGUGCAGACAAAAGCUCUCCCUGUGGACAAGAAGCAGUGGACUUACCUUGGAAAAGAAGACCAUAAGGAAGUGAAUAAUUUGAGUCACCUUAGAAAAUACAUUGACUUAUGCAAAAAGAAAAGGACAAAGAAUAAGAAAAUGAAAAACCCUUCACUACGAUCAAUAAAAUUUAGGAGAAAAAUUGUGAAAAAUAAUGCUGAUGGCUUUGCACCAAGGGGCAGUAAACCCAGUAUAAGUAUUGGGUUACCAGGGAGCAAACAAGGGGAUUACGUUGAAUAUGAUGUUGAACAUCAGACCAUGUUCAAAAGCAGCCUCCAAGAUCCAUUUCAGCAGAACUAUGAAUACGUGGAAUAUGAUGACCCUUACACAACUGACUUUAGAACAGAUUCUGCAAAUCCUCGUAACCCAACCUCCAUAGCAGAAAAAUAUCAAACUCUUGGUAAAGGAAGCACCCUCACAUAUUACAUUGCAGCAGAAGAGGUCUAUUGGAACUAUGAGGAAAACAAACUGCCAGGGAAAAGGGCUUAUGAAAAUCUGUACAGAAGAAGACGUGAAGAGAGAUACAAGAAAGUGGUUUUCCGGAGCUAUUAUGAUAACACCUUCAAAAAUCCUGUAGUUCGGGGAGAACUUGAAGAGCAUCUUGGUAUCCUUGGACCAGUCAUCAGAGCAGAAGUAGAUGAUGUUAUUAAUAUUGUUUUCAAAAAUCUUGCAUCUCGGCCAUAUUCCAUUCAUGCUCAUGGUGUCUCAUAUGAGAAGUCUUCAGAAGGUGUAGGCUAUGAUGACAGUUCCCAAGACUGGUAUAAAGCAGAUGAUGCUAUUGCACCCAAUCAGACAUAUUCGUAUGUAUGGUAUGUGAAGAAAAACUCUGGGCCAGAGUCACAGGAAGCUACAUGUAAAACGUGGACUUACUAUUCAAAUGUGCACCUUGAAAAAGAUAUUCAUUCAGGCUUAAUAGGACCACUAAUAAUAUGUAAAAAGGGAACAUUACAUACAUCUACCAGCAGACCAAUGGAUGCUCGAGAAUUUGUUUUACUUUUUAUGACUUUUGAUGAAAACAAAAGCUGGUACUAUGAAGAAAACUCCCAGUCAGUGUGCAAUGUAGCCAGAGAGAAUUACCUGAGUGAAGGAAGAUGCAAGAAGUUUCAUGCAAUUAAUGGAAUUGUUUACAAUUUACAAGGAUUAAUGAUGUUCAGUGAUGAACUGGUUCGCUGGCAUUUGUUAAACAUGGGAGGACCAAAGGAUUUUCAUGUAAUCCAUUUCCACGGGCAGUCCUUUACUGAAAAGCACAUUAAUGAACAUCGCCUUGGUGUCUUUCCUCUUUUUCCAGGUACAUUUGGAACUGUUGAAAUGAAACCUUCUAAACCUGGACUUUGGCUUUUGGACACUGAAGUUGGAGAGUAUCAGCAAGCUGGCAUGCAGUCACUUUUCUUCAUUGUGGAUAAAGAAUGCAAGCAGCCUUUUGGCCUGGAAUCAGGAAGUAUAAGAGAUUAUCAAAUCACAGCUUCACAUGUUACAGAUGGCUGGUAUUCUUACUUAGCAAGAUUAAACAAAGAUGGAAAAUACAAUGCAUGGAGUGCCACACUGGAGCCAGAGACUUCAGUAUGGAUUCAGGUUGACUUUAGAAGACCUGUCCUCAUUACUGAAAUUGCUACACAAGGAGCAAAACGGUUCCUCUCAUCCAUGUACAUCACAAAAUAUGUUGUUUCUUACAGCAAAGACGGGAAGAGGUGGACUCUCUAUAAAGGAAACAGCACAAUGCCCCAGAAGUUCUUUGAAGGUAAUAACAAUGCCUAUGGAAUUAAACAAAACAGCUUUGAUCCACCAAUCCAUGCCAGAUACAUCAGGGUACAUCCAACAAACUACUACGGAAGACUAGCCCUUCGAAUGGAACUAUAUGGCUGUGACUUAGACAGUUGCUCAGCACCAUUAGGUAUGGAGAGUGGUCUUAUCAAGAACGAGCAGAUCACAGCCACUUCAUUUAAACCUGCAUGGUUUGGUUAUUCCUGGGCACCACACCUUGCCAGGCUGAAUAUGAAAGGCAAUAUUAAUGCCUGGCAAGCAAAGGCAAGUAACUUCCAGUGGCUGCAGAUCGAUCUUCAACAGGUCAUGAAGAUAACAGGCAUAAUCACACAGGGUGCUUCCUACUUCAAAACAGAGAUGUAUCUGAAGUCCUUUGCCUUGCAUUAUAGCAACGAUGGCACUACAUGGACUCCUCACUCAGAAGAGGCAGAUGGUGUAGAAAAGGUGUUUACAGGUAAUGUGGAUAGUCAGACACAUGCCAAAAACUACAUUGAUCCCCCCAUAUUUUCCAGAUUCAUUCGCAUCAUACCAAGAACAUGGCAAAACAGCAUAACUUUACGAGUGGAACUUCUUGGAUGUGAUAAUGAGUAAAGAAACUGUAGGAGAACUACACAUUUUAUAGUAAUUUAAAGCUGAACAUAACUGCUUUGAAGUUUUGCUGAAAUUGUUUCAUCUCUUGUAUUUAAUCUUUUAUAAAAUAAUAAAAUGUAUUUUUCUAAAUGGGA